GUAUUGGAUUCAUUCAUAUACUCUUGCACAGAUUUCUAUCAUUCCCUUUUUUCUGCUUCUGCAACGAGUUUCAACUAAAAUACAAAACCUUCCAUCAUUUCUCCUUCUUUCAGCUUCAUUUUCUCUUCAUCUUCAUCUUCAUCCAAUUCCAUGGACACAGUUCAGUGCCCUCAGGAGAUGGUAAUGAAACCAAUGGAAGAUAUAGCAGCUACAAAUACAUGUCCGAAGGCUGCAGGUGCUGUGGAAAGGAAGCCAAGGCCACAGAAAGAACAAGCUCUUAACUGUCCAAGGUGUCAUUCAAUUAACACCAAGUUCUGCUACUACAACAACUAUAGCCUCACACAGCCUCGCUAUUUCUGCAAAACUUGUAGAAGGUAUUGGACAGAAGGUGGAUCCCUCAGAAACAUCCCUGUAGGAGGUGGCUCCAGGAAGAACAAGAGAUCUUCUACUUUUUCUUCCACACCUCACAAUAAUUCACCAGAUAAUAAGAAGCUUCCUGAUCUGGUAAUCGCACCACACUCUCAAAACCCUAAGAAUAACAUUCAUCAAGGUCAAGAUCUCAAUCUGGGUUUCCCAGCCACGACCCCAGAUUUCAGAAACAUCUCUGAAUUGGUUCAGCAAAACAACAACAAUAGUAGCAGCAACAACAACAUGUCUGCUUCGGCUUCUUCUUCUUCUUCAACUACCUCUACCACCACUCCUACAACUUCACACCUUUCUGCAUUGGAGCUUCUCACUGGGAUCACUUCAACUUCCACCGGCUUCACUUCUUUCAUGCCUGUUCCCGUUCCAGCCGAUCCAAAUCCUUCCUACGCAUGUGGGUUUCCUCUGCCAGAUUUCAAGCCAACCUUGAAUUUCUCUUUAGAUCACGGGUACGCCAGCCUGCAUAAUAUUCAAAGUGGGAGGCUCUUGUUUCCAUUUGAGGACUUAAAACAGGUUUCCACUACUACCACAAUGGAUCAGAAGCAGCAAGGAGAUUCAACCGGGUAUUGGACUGGAAUGUUUGGCGGAGGAGGAUCAUGGUAAUUCAUAGAUAUUUAUUUUGCUUUCUUUUCUCAUGCUUUCCGAGUUAAUUUUCGUUUGAACUGUUUUUGGUUUUAACGAGUUUCCUUCAGAUCACGGAGACUUCUUCACUUGUUUGGAUAUCUUCAUAACUGGCUAACAGUUGAUAGGGUCGAUUCUUACAUGGCUUUCUUUUCCUCUCGUGUCGAUUUCUGGUGUAUCUUGCUCAUCUUCUGUUCAAGACCAAGCUCGAUGGGAUCUUGAAAUGAAGCUUAUUUUAGCCAGGCUUCAGUAGUACUGGGAAAAGUAAAAAAAGGGUUACAUUACAUUAAUUUCAUCAUAUGCAAAGAUUAACCCCAUUUUUUUAGGGUUAACAAGUAGCUAGAAAGAGUUGCCCUUUUCAUGUAAUUUUUCUUCCAUCAUCAUCAUCAAUUGGUUUGAUUGGCUAGCUUACCCUAUUGAAAAAAAAAAAAAGUAUAAUGUACAAGAAUGUUAUAUUAUAUAAUUGGUAUGUGAUGUUAUGCUUGAGGAAUGUGAAUAUGCAUGGUGGUGGUUGAUGUUUGAAUAUGUUUUCUUCCUCUGA